AUGAAGAAGUCACAUUUCUUGGCAUUUGGGUUAGUAUAACUCUGAUUUUCAGACUUGAACAGAACAAAAAACAUUGAAUUAUCAAUUUAUCUGUGAUGUUAUGCUUUGGCUCUGCUAAUUCUCAAAUCAUGACUGUUUUUUCACUAUUUUUCAGUCUAUUUUGGCACUUUCAACAACUCUUUUCCAGAAAAAUAGUGUAAAAGUGUAAAGGUGUAAAAGUGUAGCCUUAUAAAUAAAAAUAGUGUAAACGGGCAUCAUUUCUAAAAACGUGUAGUGUAAAUGGGUAAGCCAUUUUUGAGCAUUUCUGAAAUGAGUGUAUUCGGGUAAUUUUUUGCCAGCCUAUUUUUAUUACAAAAUAUUAUUCUGCAUAGGCCCAUUAUUAUAGGUUCCCUAUGCCACGUGGGAAAUUAUUUCUCCCAAAUUUUUAAAAUUAUAAUUGCCGCCAAAAAUCCACGUGGCAUUCAAAAACCGGCGAAAAACCAGCAACGCACACACAAACACCCUUCCCUUUUCUCUAAGCCCCGCCCCCUUCACACACAAAACAUAGCGCGUUGACGCUGCCCGUCAAGCGUCUGCCACACUGUUUGCUAUACAUAUAUAAGUGUCUGGUUGUCUAGAGAUUUCGUUCUUCCGAGAACAUAUACUAAAAUUGGAACAAUACAAAAAAGAGUAGUUGCGUUAGGAUAACGCGCAAAUUAUUAUUAUGGCCACACGCAAAUUCGUUCCAAAUUUUUCGACUAAUUUUGUAUGAAUUUUUGGGCCUGUAUACAGGUGGUGGAUUUUUUGUGCGAAAAAUAACGACUUUUCGGCGUAAAACAAUAUUUCUGAGUCAUCCUAAUCAUUUCUUGUUUCAGCUAAAAAACUUGUGUAAAUCUACGAAAAUGGAUGAAAAUCCGCGCGCACAGAGACUGAACAGGUUGAGAUUUGGGGGGGGGAGGGGGAACAUAUUCACGAGAAUUUUUGUCUGAAAAUUUUUUCGCUCAAAUUUGCUCAAAAAACUUAUCUUGAAACUUUUUCGAUAGAUUGGAUAAUAAAGAACCUUUAAAAUAUUCUGGAAUCCUAAAUUUUACCCUAACUAGGUAGGAAUUCACUCUAGUUUCGGACCUUAAAAUUUUCAGGCUUCAGAUUUUUGCGCUAAAUUCAAAUUAAAAAAAAAAAAAGAAAAAAACGCAAGUGUAAAAUCCGUCUUCCUAAAAACUACAAUCCUGAUGUGUUGACUGAUCCAGAAAGAUGGUUGCCAAGACAAGAAAGAUCGACAUAUAAGAAGAAGAGAAAGAAUCGCGAAAGAGAAAUCGGACGAGGAACACAAGGAUCUUUAUCAGCGAAUCCGAAUAUGUAAGUUUCAGCUUCUACAAAAAGUAUGGCAUUGCUCAUAUUAUAUUUCUUCAGUGAAUACAUGGCUGCUUCUCCAAAUUCUCCACGUCCACUUCCUGGUCCGGCAGCCGAAGGACCACGUCAACAAAGACCAAACUUUCAAAAGCAAAAAAAGAAGAAGUCUUCAAAAUUCUAG